AUGGGGGAUGAGCUGGAGUGGCAGGGCCUGGAGGAUGAGAAGGUGGCAGGGAUGCAUUGGGGCUACGAGGAAACCAAGAUUUUCCUGGGAAUUCACAGUGAGUCCUGGAUUCAUGAGAAGCUCUGUACAUGCCAUCGGAACCGCCAGGUGUACCAGAUUGUGGCUGAGCAGCUGCGGGAACGGGGCUUCCUGCGGACCCUGGAGCAGUGUUGCUACCGGUUCAAAAACCUCCAGACUACCGUGACAGAGGAGCCCCAAGAGGAGCCCGGGAGCCUCGGCCCCCAGGCUUUGAGGGGGUAUCCCAAUGGACCUCCAGUUCCCCCAUCAGAUGGGGUCUCAAGUCUGGAGGGAAGUGAAGAACUUUGGAAGGACAGUCUCCAGGAUUUCAAGGAAAUUCGGAAAACUUCCUGUGCAGAUCUUGAAACAAGGACAGAGAAUGAGGAGGAUUCAAGCCAGGACAUUUCAGAGGCAGUAAAACUACCUGGGGUGUUAUUAGGAAGAUCCAGCGUGCAUGGUUCCCAAUACCUCAACUGGAGGAAAGACUGGGAAAGUGAAUAUGGGGCAGAGAAGCAGUGGGAAAUAUCCUUAGAAGAUGGACAAGAGUUGCUCUCUCCUCCAGAAAGAGACCUAGGUAAAUUCAUAGGUCCUGAGGGAACCUAUGUUGGAGAAAAACCCAAUAUAUGCUGUGAAUGUGGAAAACAUUUCAGCCUGAGCUCACACUUAGCUGUCCACAGAUUAGCCCACACUGGAGAAAAGAAACCCUAUAAAUGUGGCCAGUGUGGGAAAAGCUUUGGCCAAAGCUCAUAUCUGGUUUGCCACCAGAGAAUCCACAUGGUGGGGAAGCCCUACAAAUGCCCCAAAUGUGGGAGAGGCUUCAGUGAUCAUUCUGACCUCAUCACACACCAGAGAAUCCACACAGGAGAAAAGCCCUAUAAAUGUGGGGAGUGCCGCACAGGCUUCACGCAGAGCACAGGCCUUAUUAUGCACCAGAGAAUCCACACAGGAGAGAAACCCCGUAAGUGUAGUGAGCGUGGAAAGAGUUUCACCAACGGCUCGCGCUUGAGGACACACUGCUGAACGCACACUGGCGAAAAGCCCUACCAGUGCCCCGAGUGUGGGAAAACGGUCAGUAAGAGUUCCACUCUGACCAGCCAUCAAGGAGAGAAACCCUCUGAGUGUCUGGAAUGUGGGAAACGUUUCAGUGACUGCUCAAACGUCAUUACCCACCGGCGAAUCCACACUGGAGAGAGACCCUAUAAACGUGGGGAACGUGGGGAGAGCUUCAAUCAGAGCUCAGGUCUUAUUACUCACCAGAGAAUCCACACGGGAGAAAAACCCUAUGGAUGUGCUGAGUGUGGGAGCCAAUUCAACAAUAGCUCACGUAUUAGUGCACGUCAGAGAGCCCACGCCGGGGAGAGACUCUAGGUGUAGGGGACCUAUCUUGAAAACACUGCAGAAUCUACCCCCAAAACGGGUUUGUAUGGCCCUUGAUUCUAUACCACGACACCCACAGGAGAAGGAGAGAGAGCUCAAAACCC